AUGGGAAAAAUUGGCUUCCUCUUCCCUCUUAUGGUUCUGCUCCUAUUGCCUCCCUUUGGGGCUACUUUAUCUGCCGGUUCACCCAACAUCAGCACUGACCAAUUGGCUCUUCUUGUACUAAAAUCCCAUGUCACUUACGACCCUCGAAACUUCUUGGCAUCCAACUGGUCUACUUCUGCCUCUGUUUGCAAUUGGAUUGGGGUCACUUGCGGAUCAAGACACCUGAGAGUCACUGCUCUGAAUUUUCCAGCAAUGAGUCUUACAGGCACCAUUCCACCUCACUUGGGAAAUCUUUCUUUCCUAGCUUGGCUCGACAUUCACAAUAAUAGUUUCCAAGGCUCGUUACCCAUUGAGUUAGCUAAUUUGCGUAGGUUGAAAUAUUUGAACUUUGCUAACAAUAGCUUCAGUGGGGAAUUCCCGUCAUGGUUUGGUUCCUUCACUCAACUUCAGUCGUUGUAUUUGGAUGGCAACAACUUCACAGGCGUUAUCCCAUCUACUCUGGGCAAUUUGUCAAAACUAGAAAUAUUGAUCUUGGAUUACAAUAAUUUGAAAGGGCAGAUACCUGCAGCAGUUGGAAAUCUUUCAAACUUGAAAUGGUUAAUUUUGGAUAAUAAUUACCUUUCAGGUCAUCUACCGUCGGGAAUAUUUGAUCACCUUCCUAAAUUACGAGCACUAAGUUUGACAUGGAACCAGAUUUCCGGUAGAAUUCCUAAUAGUUUAUUCAAAUGCAAAGAAUUGGUGUAUUUAUCUUUCCAUAACAAUUCUUUGGAGGGAAGUUUGCCCACAGAGAUCGGAAAUUUGACUAUGCUCAACCAAUUGUAUCUCUACAGGAACAACCUCGAAGGCUUCAUUCCUUCCUCAAUCUUCAAUCUGUCUUCGUUGCAAGUAAUUUCAUUAGGAUUUAACAAGCUCUCCGGUCAUCUCUCACCAGAUAUUUUUGAUCACCUUCCUCGAUUACUAUUUCUUGAUUUGAUGUCGAGUCAACUUUCUGGAAGAAUUCCAACAAGUUUAUUCAAAUGCAAAGAGUUAGAAUAUCUAUACUUGUCUGGUAAUCAAUUGGUGGGGAAUAUGCCUUCAGAAAUUGGGAAUUUUACUUGGCUUAAACAUUUGUGCCUCGACCAGAACAAAUUUGAAGGUUCCAUUCCUUCAUCACUCUUCAACAUUUCUUCAUUGCAAGUAAUCUAUCUUGGAUUCAACAUGCUCUCAGUAGGUCAUCUCUCAUCGGAUAUAUUUGAUCACCUUCCUAAUUUACGAUGGCUUUAUUUGAGUGGGAGUCAAAUUUCUGGAAGAAUUCCAACAAGUUUGUUCAAAUGCAAAAAGUUAGAACAUAUAUACCUGGCUUCUAAUCAAUUGGACGGGACUGUGCCUUUAGAAGUCGCCAAUUUGACUUCACUUAAGGUAUUGAACAUCGGCGGCAACAACUUGACCGGACGCUUUCCAACUGCACCACUUUCAUUGCAUUGGUUAUCUGUUUCAGAGAAUAAUUUAGUUGGAGAAAUGCCUUCCUCAAUUUGCAACUUGAGUUCCCUUCUAGGUCUUAUUUUGGAUGAGAAUAAUUUGGGUGGAACUAUUCCAAAAUGUAUUGGAAACUUGAGCUCUCUCUUAUACAUUGUUCUACGUAAGAAUAAUUUUCAUGGGAAAUUACCUGAAAAUUUUGCUAAAGGUUGUUCUUUGAGAGGUUUUGAGAUCAACAACAACCAAUUAGAAGGAUCACUACCACGAUCUUUGGGUAAUUGCAAAGACUUGGAACUCCUAGAUGUGGGGAAGAACAACUUAAAUGACACUUUUCCUAAUUGGUUGGGAAACUUGGAUCACCUACAGGUUCUUGUCUUGAGAUCGAAUAGAUUUUAUGGUCACGUAGAUAACUCCAAAGUUACAUUUUCCUUCACUCGUGUGCGUGUCAUUGAUCUUUCUCACAAUCACUUCAGUGGAUACUUACCGACGAAUUUUUUUGAAAAUUUGCAAGCCAUAAGGGAAAGGUGUGAAAAGAAAGUUAAGCCAGAGUACAUGAUGGAUGCAUCGGCUGAUGGAGUGGUGUAUUAUAUUCAAAAUCUUACUUUUACAAUAAAAGGGUUGGAAACAGAAUUUCAGGCACUAUUAACCACUUGGAUGGUGAUUGACUUUUCGAACAAUCAAUUCGUUGGGGAAAUUCCUAAUUCACUUGGUGAACUUCAUUCACUUAUAGUCCUCAACCUCUCUCACAAUAGUUUAACAGGUCCUAUCCCAUCAUCUUUCGGUGAUUUGUCAGAGCUUGAAUCAUUGGAUCUUUCAUCGAACAAGCUCGAAGGAGAAAUUCCAGCACAACUAAAAAAUCUUGUAUUUUUAGAGGUGCUGAACUUUCUCAUAAUUAUCUUAUCGGACCUAUUCCUCAAGGCAAUCAAUUUGAUACUUUUGAAAAUGAUUCUUACAAUGGGAAUUUGGGUUUAUGUGGAUUCCCAUUGUCAAGGAGUUGCAGUAAUGAUAGGAAAUUGA